AUGGAGACUGGAGCGGACACGGGGGUUGGUCGAGAGGGAGGGACUUGGGGAAGUGAAGAUGCACUGCUUGCCCGCCUUUCCAUACCGUGCACACCCCGUGCGUGCUCCGCCCCCUCUGUACCCUCCUGCUUCUCUCCCCUGCUCUGCUACACCACCUCCACGCACGCAUUGAUGCCUAUCCCGUGCGUGUGCACUCCAUUCCGUUCCCUGCCUGUCGCAGGGUUCCUGGGGUCGCUGCGAGAUAAGAUUGCUCGACCCACCCUUGCUAAUCUCAUCGGCGAUGAAACCAGUCCAGUGACAGUGGACCCGAACGCCACAGUGGCUGCAGCAGCUGCCACCAUGCGGAGCCGAGGCGUCACCGCUGUCAUCGUCGUGCCUUCGUCGCACACACACGCCCAUGCCCACGCCGCCACCAGUACCACCACUGCUGCUGCUGUGACGGGUCCGGCUGCGUCUGGCACAGCAGCAGCAGUGGCGGGGCGAGCAGGCGGGGGGUCACAGCCGCACCGGCAGGCCCAUGGGCAUCCUCAC